AUGUCUCGCACCGCCCUCUUCGUAAUCGACGUCCAAAACGGCCUUGCCAAUUCCACCACCGAAAUCCCGCAAGCUCCUCGCAUUCGACAAGCAGCUGAAACCAUUCUGAAAUCCGUCCGCGGAAAUGUUUCACAUGUGAAAAGGCCCGAGGUAUUUAUUGUGCAACACGAAGAGAGUCCCGAGUCCGGGGACUUGGUGCGCGACUCAGAGCCCUGGAAACUUGUCUUUUCGCCACUCGGAGAUGAGAGGCUGGUGAGUAAACAUACAUGCAAUACCUUCGAAUCCAAUCCCGACUUGACUACUCAACUCCGCACCCAAGAUAUCAGUACGCUGGUAAUGUGCGGCAUACAAAGCGAGUACUGCGUUCGCGGAACAUCGCUUGGAGCACUCGCGGCAGGGUUUAAUGUUAUUCUCUUGCAAGGGGCGCAUUCGACUUAUGAUGAUGCCGGUUCUGGGAAGAGUGCGACGCAGUUGGAGGUUGAGGUGGAGGAGGAAUUGAAGGCGCAAGGGGCGGUGGUUGUUCCUUGGGAGAAAUGGUUGAAGGACCAGAGUGAUGUUCAAGGGACUACGUAG